GAUAACUAAAAUGAAAUGCUGAUUUACAUAUUCUUUACAAAUUUAAGGGAAAUGAUACUUCAAAUAUCUAGUACCAUACAAUUUAAUUACAAAAACAGGAGUUAUGAUCAAUAUGUUCAAUUUACCUCAACAUUUCAAGGUAACAAAAUAAUUGAAUGAAUACACAUACCGUACUUAUAAAAUCAUUCUACGCAUCUCUUACGAUCACUUACAAAUUGAAUAGAAAAAAUGAUCUCAUCGAAUCUCUUAUUAUGCAUAAAAAUAUAGAUCUAUUAUGUGUAAAAAUAAAGAUGAGAAAUGAUUUUCUUUUUGUUUAUCAAAGUGCUUCUUCCAACUGCUCGAGACAUCUUUUUUCAACCCAAACCAAGAUCAUUUUGUUCUAUUUUUAAUAAAAUAAUGGAGGAUAUAAAGCUGCAAACUCGGUUCAAACGUGUGAUUUUGCAGUUCAAUUUUGGACAUUUUACCAUUAAGCUGUCUGAAAUGUAGUGGGCUGAGGAUGGGCUUUGACCCAAAUAGAACACGGGCUUAACGACCCGUUUUGCUCCUCUUCCUCCUUCCAGUCCAGUUCAAUCCAUCUCCAUUUCCUACUCUCCCAGCAGCUCGAUACAAGUUGGUGCAAUGAGCGUCUGCAAAACCCUAAUUCGCUCUUCCAUUUCUCUUUUUGAGUUUCAAUCACGAAACAGCUACAGGAGAAUUUUUUCUUCUCAUAAUUCAUCCAACUUUUCUCAUUUUCGGCGGCCGCUGCCUCUACUGUCUCAUAAUUCAGCAUUCAGAAUCGAACCGUGUAGAGCUCCUUCAAGACGAUAUGGCAGCAGCACUCAAGGAACAAUUUCACUGGAAAUGGAAAUUCCGGAUGUUGCCGUUGAAAUUCCGGAGGAAAAAUCGAAAGACACAGUAGAGGAGUUGUUGUGCAACAGAGAUGAUGUAUUAAAACUGAUGAAAAUGGAACGCAGGCUCGAUAUCGAAGGCCGGGGGAAUCGGGAGCGUUGGUUUCCAUAUUUGGAUAAAGCUAAGGCGGGAAAUGAUUACUUGAGUAGUUUGGAGAUAUUGGAAGCAUUGAAUCCGUAUAUAAUGGAUUCAAGGAAAGAGAGGUUUCGUAAUGCUGUGAAGCAUAGGACGUAUUCAGUAUGUUUGGUGGUUGAGGGUUUGAGUGAUUUUGGCAAUGUUUCAGCUACGUUUCGCUCAGCUGAUGCUCUGGGGAUUCAGUCAGUCCAUGUUGUAGCUUGUGAUAGUUCGAAAAGGUACAGGGAGAAUCGCCAUGUCAGCAUGGGAGCUGAGAAAUGGUUGGAUAUCGAACUAUGGGAUUCUGUUCAUGAGUGCUUCAAAGUUUUGAAAUCACGUGGUUAUCGCAUUGCGACAACACAUCUUGGAACGGACACGGUUUCUGUGUACGAUAUGGACUGGUCAUGCCCAACUGCAAUUGUUGUGGGAAAUGAACUUAGGGGAAUAAGUGAAGAGGCUCUCGAAUCAUCAGACUUGCACUGCAGCAUUCCAAUGAAAGGCAUGGUUGACUCAUUCAAUGUUUCUGUUGCUGCUGGCCUUCUUAUGCACCAUGCUGUCUGUGACAGAACUUCUCGCUUGGGAUGCCAUGGGGAUCUAACUAGUGAGGAAAGCCAAAUCUUGCUAGCGGAGUUCUCUUUGCGCCACAACGAUAAUACAAUUAGAAUUGCUCAUGAAUAUGCAAAACGAAAGAUAGCUGAGCCUAAAUCAAAGCUUUGAAUAAGUCAUCAACCUAGUUUUCGGACUUAGCGUGUGCCUAUUCCGAAGUAACACCAGAUAUUUGACGGACUUGAUGCUGGAGAUUGCUUGGCCAUACAAACGAGCUGCUGAGAGUUUGCAUUUUGUUCUGUUGCGGCUUAUGUAUAGCUUUUACUUCUAUACAAUAGACCCCCUUAUGGUCCUGCCAUUCUACGACCCCGCGCAUAGCGAAAGCUUAAGCUUUAGUUCACCGGACGGCACAUAGCGAAAGCUUAAGCUUUAGUUCACCGGACCAACUUUUUUUUUGAAUUGCCAUUUUGUAAGGAUUAACUUUUUAUUGUAUUUACUAUGAAUUCUUUAGAGAAAAUUGCUUUCACAAAAA